GGAUUUUUUGGUUAUGUUAUGUUAUGAUACUUAUGAUUUUCUUAUGAUUUAUGAUUACCUAUGUGUGAUUGCAGAUUGUGUGAUGUUUCGUAAUUUCAUUAAUUUCAUUCGCUUUGCUUAUGUAGAUCAUUAGAAUUUCAGCAGAUGUUCAUGUUAUCAACAUCAUAAUAAUCUAGACUGAUAUUAAGAGAAUAAGGUUGUAGUAAUGACUUGAGUGAUAAUCUGCCAAGUAAAAAAAAAUAUCUUCAAUAUGGAAACCAUCAAGACCCACCAUCAAAGUGAUGCUUAUUUAAGAGCAAUGCUCAACACUCCUGCAAAAACCACACCCGCUGUGCCCACCCCUGACUGGAAUUCCACCCCAACUCAGUCUCAAGUUGUUCCAACAAUGAAACCAAAUGCUUCACUCAUCACUGUAGCCAUUCCAGGGUCAGUAGUGGGUGAGCCACACACAAAUAUCACCCUGCAGAAUUGUGUAUCUACUGUGGACCUGAAUACCACUCUAGAUUUGCAAGUAAUCAAUGCUAGAACACGUAAUUCUGAAUACAACCCUAGUAGAUUCCAUGGAGUUAUCAUGAGGCUUAGAGAACCUCGUACCACAGCUCUCAUUUUCCGGUCUGGAAAAAUUGUUUGCACUGGGGCUAGAAAUGAAAAUGAUGGCUUAUUAGCUUCCAAAAAAUUUGCCAGGAUCAUACAGAAACUUGGAUUCAAGGUACAGUUUGCCAAUUUUAAGGUUCAAAAUUUGGUGGCAACUUGUGAUCUGAGGUUUCCUAUAAAAUUGGAAAAUCUCAAUAUGAUGCAUGGGCAAUUCAGCAGCUAUGAACCUGAAUUAUUUCCUGGUCUAGUAUACAGAAUGAUCAAACCACGUUUGGUAAUGAUGAUUUUCGUAAAUGGAAAGAUUGUUUUUACUGGAGCCAAAUCGAGAGCAGAUAUCAAAGAGGCACUAAAUAAUAUUUAUCCGAUCUUAAGGAGUUUCAGGAAAAACUAGUUGAUUAUUUUUUGUUCUUAGAUCAUCAUAUUCAACAACCUAAUGUUAUUUUGCUCGAUUUUUUUUACAUACUCAUACAUUUCAUUGUUCAUCAGACUGUUUGUACAUAUAGGUAGUUAUUUAUUAAAAUACAGAAUUUUGCCAUUUUCAAUUUUGGUAUUUUUGAAAAAUUCACUAAAUAACCCAAAUAUCUUCU